GCAGAAUGCAUGCCAAUGAAGUCCUUAGAAGCAGUUAUAAAAGGCAGUGAGAUGAAGCUCAGAGUCUGGGUUCCAGAGAUCGGCGACUCCAACCUUGUCACACUGAUAUCUGCAAAUAGUCGAACGGGGAAAUCAAGAAGAAUCGAAAUCAGGAAAAGCGGAAUAAUUAUACAGGCUAGAGAUGUCGCGACCGUCAGCCCAGAACAAGAGCUACCGAUACAAAACAACAGCCUUCCCCAUGGCUGGGUAACUUUCAUGGUCACUUCAGAUGAAAACUUCACUGUAACUGUUCCUGACGCCAACCUAACUCUCAUACAUAUACCAGAUGUCGUUCAAGACAAAAACAUAAAGAUCAGAGAAAGCUAUGCGACAGUGAACUGCAUGUUACCCGCGCACCACUGGGAAGUGUCCGCCGGCGAGGAGGCCUUCAUCCCGCUCAGCCUCGAAGGCCCCCACGACUUCUCGCUGUUCGCCAGAGCGCCCUUCGUGCCCGAGCUGGCGGUCGGGCUGGGCAGCCUGGGGCCCCUUCGCGUUCCUUCGUUAGGCAGUGUCUUUGAGUUGGAAUCCGAACAGAUGGCUGCUUUUUCGUUUUAUAAUUUCACGCUGGACUGCACGAUCAACGAAACAAAAAGUUCAUGCUAUAUCCAGGCGGGGGACUACAAGAUCCUGGUGGGAUCUCUUCCCCGCGAGGCCGCUUCGCUCUCCUUGACAGCCGGCGGGACGGACGACUACACCAUUGUGCAUGGCAUAAGGAAAGAUCAGAGAUGGGAAAGAACAGGAGACCAGAGUGAUGAGAACGGAGGAGGACCACUCAUAACGCUCUCGUGUCCAUUCGUCUUCAUUGCAACUUUCAGCGUGACAGUACUUUCAGCGCGCUUCUUGAUGAAGGUAUGUAAAGUUUUACAGUUGACUAAAAAAAACAUGUACCUAUAUGCAGGGAUCCAUGCAAGGUACAUCUAAUACCCUAUAUAUAAUACACAU